AUGACGACUCAAUCAAGCAUCAUCUGGCCAGAGCAUCUCUUGCCAGGGACCACGGACAAUUUCGUUUCCAACGAAGUCAUCGCACGUAACCUUUCCGCACAACGAAUCUGGGAGCUCCUUGCGGACAUCUCGAAGUGGAAAUCUUACUACAAGAAUUGCGCGCAAAUUACAGAGCCCGAAUCUGGUCCCUAUCUGAAAGAAGGCAACGUGUUCAAAUUCAGCACGUUCGGAUUCCCUCCUCUCACAUGCACCAUUACCGAAUCUGUUGUGCCGAAGCAGGGCACCGCUGGAAGAAUCGCCUGGCACAGCACGACUGAUGAUGGACUCGAGGUGUAUCAUGCUUGGAUUGUCGAGGAACUCGAGAAGAAUCGGAUCAGGGUAUUGACGCAAGAGGUUCAGAACGGGCCGAUAUUUAAAGAAUGGGCGAAGGACGCACCAAAUGUGAUGCUAUUGGGGCAUCAAGAUUGGUUAGAUGGGCUUGUGCAGGCUGCGCACGGCCAAGAGGUUCGGAAGACUAACCUUGAGAGCGUGAACUUCCCUGUCAGGCAACUAGAUUCGGAGAAGGUCGAUUAG